UCCACACUUUUUCCACACCAAGCCAUAUAAAUCUCCGUAAAGUACCGUCAGGUGGAUCACUCUCCGGAAAACGUCACUACAGCUAGCAGCUUUUUUUUGGUGUGAGAAAUCAGAGCGAAAUUGACAGAAAUGGCAUCAAAUAACAAUUUUGAUGUUGUCAUGGUGAUUAAGAAAUACCACAUCAAGGGGAAGCAGAUAAGAGAUGUCUGUAAUAACUCGAAGACCGUCGUCAUGGUUACGUCGGAAGGGCGUGUCUAUGCGUGUGAUGUAUCAGAUGUCAGCAAACAGCAUAAAUAUGUCAGGGUGAAUUUUCCGACAUCCGGAGCGGCCAACGACGACGCAAUCAUGAACGUGAGCUGCGGCCGUUCUCACUUUCUCGCGCUCUCUGCCCGUGGUCGCGUUUACAGUUGGGGUAAGAAUGAUAACGGGCAACUCGGACGUUCUCUUGAGAAACAAAGACCUAAUCAGGUCUAUCGAGGACAGAAGGAGGAGAAACACACUCCAAGGCUUAUCACUGAACUUUCAAACCAAAAUGUCAUCAAAAUAGCAUGUGGGCAUAACCACUCCCUCGCCCUUACACGAGGAGGGAGCUUGUAUUCGUGGGGAAAAACAAAGGUGAAGCGACGUACCCGAUGUCCGACUUUAGUCGAAGGUCUUCCAAGUGGUAUGGUAAUUCAACAUAUUGCCACUGGAGGCGAUCACACCCUUAUUGUUUCCGAUGCUGGUGAUGCAUAUGUUUGGGGCUUUGACGCAGACGGACAACGCAAACAACUCAAACAAGAUGAUGUAGAAUUUCCUGCGUUUGUUAGGAAGGGAGUGAAGAACGCCACCUGCACUAACAACUCUACGACGAUCCUGUACGAGACCGGCGAACUGAAGGUAAUUUGGAAGGGGGCGAAAAUUAAUUCAGUCCGACAGAGGUUUAAACCAGAGAUGAAUCGGGAACGAACAGACAGUGGUUGUUGCUUCUCAUCUUUAACGUCAUCUGGUCGGAAUACGUUCCUGAUCAAUCAGUCAGGCGGAAAGCCGCUUCUUCUGGACACUAGCAACGCUUCUGAAUGCCUGCGACUUGAUUCAUUAGAGGAAACCACAUUUGGAGAUGCUUUCAGAUCCAAAGCGCUUCCUGAAUGGCCACCAGGAUAUGAUGAUAUCGACAUCAAACUGUUUAAGGUUCCAAAUAUCGGAAACAAUCUUGAAAAGAGUCGACUCCACGUCAUAUUGCAUGAUAAAGCGUUAUUGUGUAGUGGUUCGGAAUCUCCUCCCGCGGGUCGUUGGUUGACUUGGUUAAUACCACCGCUCCCUUCCUUCUUCACGCAAUUCUUCCAAAACUACAUGCUGACCUCAAGUUCAACGAAGGAUUGUCAAAAUGAGAUGCCAAUUCUCUCAAACGAACUGCUCCAGAGUUUGAGUGAGGUUGAUGAAGCCAUCCCCAUGGAAACGAACAUCAGCGAGCCAAUCAAAGAAGCAAAGAUGAUAUUCUCAUCACCAGCAAGUUUGAAUGCAUCUUUCCCAAUGGCAGGGCCACAUGACGAUGACGACCUGGAUAUUGAUUUGGAGGCGGCAAGGAAUGCUUUCAAACUGAUCAGCUCGAAGGAGAUACUUCUUGAAUGGAUAGCUGAAGUCGUAACCAAUGACAUGUGCAGAAACAUCCAACUUGAACAGUUGACCGAUAAGGACCUUCAAUUUUUCUUCAUACUUCUCGAGUGCCCUAUUUUUCACUCUCCUCAAUUUCCGUGGUGCCGGAAGGUUUUGACCGCUCUAGGAAAAUUGUUGAUAUCUGGUCACGGCAAAGGGAACGUCUUAAGUCGACUGGAAAGGUGGUGGGUAUACGAACCCGUGUCCUUCUAUGGAACAGUGGCUACCUAUCGGGGAGCUAUCGGCAUGCUCGCAGAAAACAGUGUUCUCCAAGCGAACGAACAGGACAACUUCAAGACGUACCUCAAAGUACUGCAAUGCCUUCACGAGAUCAAUAUUAUGCACGACAUCAUUGAUGUCAAAACAUUUUACCUGACUCGCCUGGACUUCAACGGUCUGGAAGAGGAUUUGGAACGCUUCAUGCAACAUCAGCUUCGACGGAGACUCUCGAACUACGUUCUCUCGUUCAUUCAAGCUGAGAGAUUUUCCUGGUUGUCAUAUCCAUUCCUUAUUGAUCUGAAAACCAAGACAUACCUCUUGGAAUCACAAUGCAAGAGAGAGCAAAAGAAUGCCAUGGAAGCUAAAGUAGAUAUUAUUCGACGUAAAAUAAAGCAACUCAUUCAACACAAAUUCCCCGGAAUUUCCACGAAUUCCCUGGAGUUCUCAUUCAUCUUUGAAUAUACGUAUGCUCAUAUGUCUCCUCCACGCCUCUACCUUGUUGUGAAUCGGGAUCACAUCUUCGGAGGAAGGGUACGGCAAGGACUCUCAGGGAUGCUGACGAUAUCCAGGACUGAUCUUCAGAUGCCGCUCAGGGUCGUCUUCGAAGGGGAAAAAGGUAUUGACGAAGGAGCGUUGAGUCUGGAAUUCUUCAGGCUUGUUUUCCAGGACCUCCUGAAUCCGGAAAAGCACGAUGUUUUCCGAUAUAUUGACGGAGAGGACCCGACUCAGUCACAAGUCUGGUUUCGAGAGGAAUGCUCAAGCAGUGGAAAUGCGAAGAUAUGUGGUCUUCUACUUGGACUAUCACUGUACAACAAGGCAUUUGUACCGUUACCGGCUUUUCCACAAGUCCUCUAUGCAAAGCUACUCGGAAAGGGUCCUGGUAGUGAGAUGGGGGAAUUAGAAGAGCUGGAUAAGGAAUUCGCAGAUCAAAUGAAGAAACUCCUAACUAGCUCGGAGGAAGAGGUACAGGGGAUUUGCUACGGUGAGGAGAUAGAGCUCGAUGAUGGACGACUCGUGGACGUCACUAAAGAAAAUGUACACCUGUAUGUGGAGAAGAAGAUACGGCAUUAUCUCGCUCCGUCACAAUUUGCUGCAUUCAAAGACGGGUUCUAUUCUUUGUGGGAUGCCAAAAUCCUGGGUAUCUUCAGACCUGUCGAGUUCGAAGCUCUUAUCAAUGGCGAGAACUACUUCGAUUGGAAGGAUCUGGAGAUGUCCACACGGUACUUAGAGCCCUACACUAACUCCCAUCUGACGAUCAAGAUGUUCUGGGAAUGCUUCCACGCUCUAGAUGACGGCCAGAAGAGAAAGUUCCUCGUUUUUGUGGCGGGGACUGAUCGUGUACCGGUCGGUGGAUUAAAAGACUUCCAUCUCACGAUCGCUGAACUUCCGAUCCCAGAAGGUACAGAGGGGACUCCUGAAGAGAGGUUGUCCUUGCUGUGCCCGAUGGCCCACUGCUGCGAUAACAACCAGUAUAACCGAACACUUAAACUUCCCAUGUACACCAGUAGAGAGAUGGUUGAGGAUCGCUUGGGGAAAGCGCUGUCCAUGUACAACAUCCCAUUCCAUAUUGCUUAGAGCUCAGUGUCUAUACAGAAAUAAUAGUAGGCCUAGCAGUGUUAAUUGAUGAACCUUCAAAAAGCAGAAUCCGCUGAUGGAGCUUCGGAAAGCAAAAGCUAGGCCUAAUUGCCACUGGCAUACAAUACUGAACCUUGUACGUAUGCGACACCCAUUCCACACGUAUAGUAAUCAGUGAAUACAGGAAUAAUUGAAGAGCCUUCAAAAACAGAAUCUGAUUGUCAAAAUUAAGCUACACAUAGUCAUGAUAGUGGUAGGCCUUACCCUAGAACGCCGAAUAGCAAAAGCUCACUGCCACUGGUCUAGAAUAUUGUCUUUCAACACAUCAUUCCAUAUUGUUUAGUGAUCAGUGCAUAUAUACUCGGACAGAGGAAGUUUUGUUGAACCUUCACAAGCAAAUCGAACCUGCUGAUCCAAAACUGACGUUGGAGCGUCGAAAAGCAAAAGCUACUCAGUUGUUUCGAAUACUGCCCCUUGUAUAAGUGCCUCGUUCCAUGUUGCUCACUGCUCAGUGAGCACAGACAGCUAGAGGAAGUAGCACUGUCUUUAAGGUGGGCUGAUGAUGUCACAUCCCCACUUGUUCUGUUGUAUUUUAUUACAUGAAAUUAGGUUUAUUCAAUUGUUUUUCUCCAAAAAAAAACUAGAAAAAUUGGAUUGACAUCUGAUUUAGUGCAUUAGAUAUUUAUUGUUGCAACUUAUUUUAUUAUGAGGGAGACUUAUUGCUCACAUAAGUAUGAGAUAAUGAAAAAAAUUACGAUUUAAUGUAAUAACAUAAGAAAACUUAAAGUGGGGAUGUGACAUCAUCAACCCACCUAAUGAAUAUUCAUGACGACUGUUUUCAGAAAAUAUUGCUAAACUUUAAAUUUCAAUAACUUUAUUUGUUAUCCGAUUUCGAUGACAUUUUCGUCAUUUUGUUCAGUGAAUUCUACUCUAUUUAUUAAACUAUGAAUACUUUCAGCCCGGACCAUCCCUUUAAAGAUGAUGACCCGACAUUUUGCUCCUGCUACAUUUGUCCCGGUCUUAAUAUCUCAGAGGAGAUACAAUUAGGAUUGUAAUAGUUUCUGGUUCAGAAUAAUGUGAAAAUAAGGAUUAGGAUUUAUUUAUUGUUGGAGGUUAGAUUUUACAUUUGGCUUUACUUGCAGAUUUUGCAUCGGAGCAAUUUUCGCCGGGGCAAAUGUCAUGGAACCAUUAAAGAUAUACAUGUACAAUAUGUUCUAGGAGUCUGAUAUGAAGAUAAAUUUUCGGCAUUUUGCUCAGUGAAUUCUACUCUAUGUAUUAAGAUAUAAAUAUGUUCAGCCCGGACCAUCCCUUUAAUAUGUUUUAUCAGACCUGUUGAUUCCACAUUAAAUGUUUGUGUCUUUUGCAGAUACUGGUUUCAUGAUGUGAUUUCAACUAAACAUAUGUUACGUUACGCAGAGUACUUUUAAAUUCCUUUCAAUGUAUUUUGAUAACUUUCUGCCUGUAAUGCCUUUUUUCUGUUUAGUUCUAUUAUGUUCUAUUUUAAAGAAGGACGUUAUCAUUUGUGUGUUGUUAGGUCUUCAUUAUGUACAUGUAUGUAUUACGAUGGGUCGCGAAGAGCUUCCAUUUAUUCAAGUUCAGGGCCCCGUCUUACAAAGAGUUAUGAUUGAUCCAAUCAGUCUCAACUCUAUAAAAAAAAUCCAUCCAUACUAUAAUUUUUUUACAGGAAAUUUGCACAAUCUCCUUAGUAAACAAAUAAAAGAAUCACACUGAAAUUUUUAGAGAAUUAUGAAUGUAUGCAGAUACAUCAAAUCUAGAAAAUAUUUUGAACAAACAUGUAUUUUAUAUGUUGAUGUGCCUAGCCGUCCAUAGUCGUGGUUGAUCGGAUCAAUCGCAACUCUUUGUAAGACGACCGGGGCCCAGGUCUUAACCUCACAGAUAUAGAUACACGCUACACGUGUAUAGUAAAUACCAGAACCAAUUCAUGAAAGUGUUCAGGGGCCCGUUGCAGAAAGUGUUGUGUUUAAACGCAAGCCAAAAAUCAAUCGCAAGUCCCAAAUGCGCGCUGUUGAUUGGUUGAAAAUCAAGUUGCGCAUGAUUUUUUAGAGUUGCGAUUGAUUGCAACUCUUUCUGCAAAGGGCCCCAGCAGUGAUAAGUUGUUAAUAUCAGACACUUGCCAUAUAGCAGUCAGCAGUGGCGUACAGAUGAAGGGCUUGGCAAGAGCCCCCCCCCCCCAAAAAAAAAAAAAAAAAAAAAAAAUACGACCACAAAAAAGAAGAAAAAAAGACAAUAGAAGACAAAAAUAAAGGGUGAAAUGUUAUAAUAAAAAUUUAAAUUUGUGAUAGCUUUUGAAUAUUAUGUCCAAAUCUAUCACAAAUCUAAAUUGUUGUAUUGUACGUAAAGAUGUCGAAAGUUUUGCUUGCUCGCCUCGCCUGCUCGUAACUUUUUUUAAAGUUUAUCAUAAGCCAUAUCUGGCCCCCUUGAAUUUUUUUGGCUUAUUAUUUCCACUUGCAGCCAGACACCCAUGUUUCUCAACCAGACAAUGCCAAGAAAAGUUUUUAAAUUUAAAAACUUGACUGACGACAAAUAGUCUUGAUGAAACACCUCGAUCACGUCCAUUGAUUUUUCACGAGUAGUAGUUUUGUGAAAAUGCGAGGCAUUUUUGAAAUUUGACUCUGAUAAAUGUGCUGAUGUGUAAAUUUAUCAUUAUUAGUCACAUAUCCCCAAUAUAUAUAAUGAAAGAUUUUCAAUGAUCUGAAGGGGAUUCUUCAGUAGUAGCAGUAGUAGUAGUAGUAAUAAUAAUAAUAUUAUGCAACAUUUAAAUAGCGCUAAAUACAUUUUUUCUAAGCGCUGCAUACUAUUACUCCGGCUUUAGCACGGCUAUCAUGAUCGGACGCUCGAGCAUUCAAGGAAUUCCUACCGGGUACCCAUUUACACCUAGGUGGAGAGUGGCAAAUGUGGAUAAACGCCUUGCCAAAGGACGCGAGUGCUGCGGUGGAGUUUGAACCCCGGACAUUGUGGUUCAAAGUCCGGAGAUUUAUCCAAUAUGUAUGAUAAUAAUGAUAAAAAUUAUAACAGUAUUAAUAAUAAUAAUAAUUAUCAUGAUAAUGUAGAACUGUUAUUUUGACAUAAAGUAUCAUUAUAAUUUAGUUCCAGUUCUAGCUUUAGUAGCUUUGUUUACAUUAUUGAUGAUUCUGUUGUCCAUUUGACUUUCAACCUGCUUGUCAUUCUUUUUUCUAUUCAAAUGUGUUCAUUUAUUACAUUCCCACAUCUGAUUCUUGUGUUCAACAAUCAUGACAUUUUUCAUUAUGUCAUCAUCCAUCAUGUUAUUCAUCUCCAUCCACUUAUCGCUUAUUGGUUAUUUUUAUGACCUAGACUCCCACACUUUCAGUUGGCUCCUCCUUUCUUUUUAUUUGUUGGUUGAUAUUGCUUAAUUUGAAUAUAUGUUAAUUCUGUAAUAUGGUUUGAGUUUAAAUGAGUCAAAGAAGCCAUCUUUAAAAAAAAACAAGUGCACAACCAGA